AUGGGGUCGAUUGAGGCGCUCAAACUAACGGCUGUUCUGCAACAGGUUUCGCGAGCCUCGGGUGCCCUUCUGCGCCACAUCAAAUCGACGCAGGUGGAGAAGGAGAAGUCUGCGGCCAAGAAGACGCUUAUCGGUGACAACGACGAGGAUUCGGAUGGCGACGAGAGCACCCCGACCAACAACGAGGCCGUGUGGCUUGUCCUCACGACCAAGAAGCACGUGGUCGACAAGAACCGCCUGAAGCCCGGCAAGAUCCCGAUCCCCCACUCGCUCAACGCCUCGUCCUCCCUCAGCAUCUGCCUGAUCACCGCGGACCCGCAGCGCGCGGUCAAGAACAUCGUCGCCGACCCGUCCUUCCCGCCGCAUCUGACCGAGCGUAUCGACCGGGUCAUCGGAUACACCAAGCUGCAGGCCCGCUACAACAGCUUCGAGCGCCGCCGCCAGCUGCUCCAGGAGCACGACGUGUUCCUGGCCGACGACCGCAUCAUCAUGCGCCUGGUCAAGACCCUCGGAAAGACAUUCUACAAGUCCAGCAAGCGGCCCAUCCCCAUCCGUAUUGCGGAGAUCGAGAAGGUCGAUGGUAAGAAGGUCAAGAAGGACGUCAAGGCGAAGAGCAACUCCAAGGAAGAAGGCAGCGCCUUCGCCUCCCCGGCGGUCGUUGCCAAGGAGAUCGAGAAGGCGCUGAACUGCGCCCCUGUGCAGCUGGCCCCGGCGACUACUGCUGCGAUCCGCGUGGGCUCGUCCAGCUUCACCGCCGAGCAGCUUGCCGAGAACGUCGACGCGGUGGUCAAGGGUCUGACAGAGAAGUUCGUGACAAAGGGCUGGCGGAACAUCAAGGCGCUGCACAUCAAGGGCGCCAACACCAUGGCCAUGCCCAUCUGGCUGGCCAGCGAGCUUUGGGUCGAGGAGGGCGAUAUCGUCGAGGAGGGUGCCGAGGAGGAGGAGACCAAGGCCGUUGCCGGCAAGAAGCGCAAGCAGAUUGCCGCUGUCGAGGAGGAGAAGCAGAUCGAGACCCCAAAGAAGGCCAAGAAGGCCAAGGCUGCCGAGGACGAUGAAGAUGCCUUGACGCUGGCCGCAAGGAAAGAGAAGCUCCAGAAGCAGAAGGCCAAGGCGUUGGCAGAUGGAGCGGCACCCACGAAAACCGCGGCCGGAGCUGGCAAGAAGAAGAGAAAACGCUCCGUGCUGCGCGCCGCCCGCGCCCAGAUCCUCCCCUCCAUGCGCACCACCACCGGCAUCUCCUCCGCCGCUCUCGCCCGCCUGCUCUCCACCCUCGCCGUCCUCGAACAGCGCGACGGCAAGCUUCAACCCUCGUCCCUGUCCGCCAUUGCUGCAGCCCAGAAGCUCGGCGGAUCCAUCACUGCCUUUGUGGCCGGCGCCAAUGUGAAGGGGACCUCGGCGGCCGAGGCUGCUCAGAUCAAGGGUCUGGACAAGGUUGUUGCCGUGGAUAAUGAGGCCUAUGAGAAGGGUCUCCCGGAGAACUACGCCCCGCUGCUCGUCGAGAAUAUCCAGAAGGGCGAAUACACGCAUGUGGUCGCCGGCCACUCGGCCUUUGGCAAGAGUCUUCUGCCUCGGGUGGCUGCUUUGUUGGACGUGCAGCAGGUUAGCGAUAUUACGGGCAUUGAAAGCGAGGAUACCUUCAUCCGCCCCAUCUACGCCGGCAACGCCAUCCUCACCGUCCAAUCCACCGACCCCAUCAAGGUCCUGACCGUGCGCGGCACCUCCUUCCAGGGCGUCGAGACGACCGGCAACUCCGCCCCCAUUGCCGAGGGCAUCGACCCGCAGACCCCGCUGCAGACGGAAUGGGUGUCCGAGGAGCUGGCCAAGUCGGAGCGGCCCGACCUCGCGACGGCGCAGCGCGUCGUCUCCGGCGGCCGCGGCCUCAAGUCCAAGGAGGAGUUCGACCGCGUCAUCGUGCCCUUGGCCGACACCCUGGGCGCGGCCAUCGGCGCCUCGCGCGCCGCCGUCGACAGCGGCUUCGCCGACAACAGCCUGCAGGUCGGGCAGACGGGCAAGAACGUCGCCCCGCAGCUGUACCUGUGCGCGGGCAUCUCCGGCGCCAUCCAGCAUCUCGCAGGCAUGAAGGAUAGUAAGGUCAUCGCCGCCAUCAACAAGGAUGCCGAUGCGCCCAUCUUCCAGGUCGCGGAUGUCGGGUUGGUCGGGGAUUUGUUCGAGAAGGUGCCGGAAUUGACGGAGAAGUUGAAGCAGCAGCAGGCGUAG